AUGUUAUCCAUGAACGAUCCAAGCAAGGAGAAAGAUGAGAGGAAAUUGUACAGCUGGGAUGAGUCACCAUAUGAGGACAUUCGCACACACGCAGCGCUUAUCAGAGCCAAAGCGCUUUGUCCAGUAACGCAAAAACCAGUCAAUUUCGUAUGCCCGUAUUCGGGAAUACCCACACAUGCAUCAAAAGAAGCUUGGGAAAAUGAUACUGAAUACCAUGCAAAGAAGAAAUACAACCUUUUAAAAAAAGUCAACUUGUACGAACAUGAUUUGAGAUCUGGGAGAAAAUUUGAGGAGUUUGCAUUUCCAGGGGAACAAGAGAGAGAUUUUAUGAUCAACAUGAGUGAUUGGGAUUCAUUCUUUUACACUAGAGACUUUCCACCAAUGAAUGAUGAGUUCAAUUUGGCAGCAGCCACCAAGGUUCUCACAUACCCGAUGACUAUUGGAUCCAUUUUGUACAAAUUUUCGCCGUAUCAAAUUGAGCCCAAGGGUCCAGUUACUGUUGAGGGAGCUAAAUCGUUGGGGGCGUUGCGGUAUACGUUGUACCCUCCCUACCAGAAGUCAGUUGAAGGGGUGACGCAUUUCAAGGAAAGACCAAUGAGGAUAUUCCUUUUGGGCCCUAGAAUGGAAUCCAUGUUGCCUGGAUACGUAUGGAAACAAUUUGGGUACUUGUUCCCCAAAAGCAAGUUUGAAAUACACUUGAUUGGUCCAGAAUCAUAUUACGACAAGGAAACAAGAUCGUUUGCGCCUGUUAUCACCCCCAGUGGAAAACCAUUGGUUGAACGAUUCGAUGACCAAAUCACUAUCCAUCACCACCCUCAAUACUUUAAUGAACUUUACGACAUGGGCGACCUAUUCCCCUUUGACCCUUACUUGGAUGUUUUCUUCCUUUUCCACCCUGGCUUUCAAACUGCUGAUCAUAUACACUGGGACAAGUCAUUGAAAGGGUUAUUGGAGUCGAAAUGUCCAAUUUAUGUUACUGGUUUCCAUGAAGAGGAUAUUCAAAAGGAAAUUGACUGGUUGAAGCAGCAUCCACUUCAUGAUGAGAUGGACUGGCUCAUGCAGAAAUCAGACAACAAGUUUGCUUGUACAAAAUUGGAUCUUGUUGAUGCCAAUCCUACAGAGACUUUCAAUUUGAACAGUCAAAUCUUUGGGUUCAGGGGUAAGAGAUAUCAUGCCAUCAAGGUGUGA